CGCCGAGCGCUCUUUCGCGCCUCUCCUCCUCCUCUUCUUUUCCUCUUUGCGCGCCUACAUUUUGGGGGGAUUACAGCCAUGAGUACCACCACCAGCAGCCGCAACUCCUCGUAUCGGCGCAUGUUCGGAGGCAGCAGCCGUCCCAGCACGGGCAGCACCCGCUAUGUCACCACUUCGUCCAGCCGCUACUCCCUGGGCAGCGCCCUCCGGCCCAGCAGCGUCCGCUUGGUCUCGGCUUCCUCGCCCGGAGGAGGCAUCUACUCCUCCAAGUCGGUGAGGCUCCGCUCCAGCUUGCCCCCGAUGCGGCUCCUGGGGGGAGAGGCCGCCGGGGUGGACUUCUCCUUGGCCGACGCCAUCAACACGGAGUUCAAGGCCAACCGGACCAACGAGAAAGCCGAGCUGCAGGAGCUCAACGACCGCUUCGCCAACUACAUCGACAAGGUGCGCUUCCUGGAGCAGCAGAACAAGAUCCUGCUGGCCGAGCUGGAGCAGCUGAAGGGCAAGGGCACCUCCCGCCUGGGCGACCUCUACGAGGAGGAGAUGCGCGAGCUCCGGAGGCAGGUGGACCAGCUCACCAACGACAAGGCCCGCGUCGAGGUCGAGAGGGACAACCUGGCCGACGACAUCCUCCGCCUCCGCGAGAAACUUCAAGAUGAGAUGCUUCAGAGAGAAGAAGCUGAAAACUCUUUGCAAUCUUUUAGACAGGAUGUUGACAAUGCCUCCUUGGCCCGCCUGGAUCUUGAACGCAAAGUUGAAUCCCUGCAAGAAGAGAUUGUCUUCCUGAAGAAACUUCAUGAUGAGGAAAUUCGUGAGCUGCAGGCCCAAAUUCAAGAUCAGCAUAUCCAGAUUGAUAUGGAUGUUGCCAAGCCUGAUCUCACUGCUGCCCUGCGUGAUGUCCGCCAACAGUAUGAAAGCGUUGCUACCAAGAACCUUCAAGAAGCUGAAGAGUGGUACAAGUCCAAAUUUGCAGAUCUGUCUGAAGCAGCAAGCAGGAAUAAUGAUGCCUUGCGUCAAGCCAAACAAGAAGCUAAUGAAUACCGCAGGCAAAUCCAGUCUCUCACCUGUGAAGUGGAUGCACUUAAAGGAUCUAAUGAAUCCCUGGAACGCCAGAUGCGUGAAAUGGAAGAUAACUUUGCCCUUGAAGCUGCUAACUACCAAGACACUAUUAAUCGUCUCCAGGACGAAAUUCAGAACAUGAAGGAAGAAAUGGCUCGCCAUCUUCGCGAGUACCAAGAAUUGCUGAAUGUAAAGAUGGCUCUUGAUAUUGAGAUUGCCACUUACAGGAAACUGCUGGAAGGAGAAGAGAGCAGAAUUUCUGUGCCUAUUCCAACUUUUGCUUCCCUGAAUCUGAGGGAAACAAACCUUGAGUCCAUCCCAGUGGAUACCCACUCAAAGAGAACACUCCUUAUCAAGACUGUUGAAACUAGAGAUGGACAAGUUAUCAAUGAAACUUCUCACCAUGAUGAUCUGGAGUGAAGAAAGAAUAGCACAUCUUGAAAUUAAACUCUUACCAGCAAGACUAAAAAGAGAAACAGCUUUCAAGUGCCUUUCUGCAGUUUUUCCAAGAGCGCAAGGUGGUUAUGCUAGAGGAACUAGGUCUUAGAUCUUGCAAACUGACUCUCUCAAUGGAUUUAGAAGAGCUUACAAAAAGGGAGUCUAGUUAAGAUAACAAUAUAUUGGGCUGCAAUACUGGUUUUUUUAAGUUUUUGAAUUGAAUAAAAUGGCUUUUUUUCAGCACAGUAUGAGCAACCCUUCACUGCUUCAAUAAACAUUUGGGAAACAGC